AUUAGUACGAAAUUUAGUUAUCGCUGCAGAGACAAAAGCCACCAGGUUCCAAAAUCCAUCCGCCCCAAAUUUGGGUUGUUGGGGUCAAAACAAUCAGGCUAUAUGGUUGCUUCCUUGACGAACUCACCAAUACCAUUUCCAUAUUCCCACCUUUUUUAAACAGAAAGCAAAAGCCUGAAGCAGCAGAGAAAAAAAUGGAUGGAAGACCAAUACCCUGCAGUAUUUUGAAGAACAAGGGAAUGGGUAUUCAACUAAGCUUUCAGCUUCUGGUAGCUAUUAUCAUGGCAGUUUUAGUCAUUACCACUUUCUCCAUGUCCAGAGGAAUUACUGAAACUCUAAAGUUAGUUGAGAAGCAGCCUCAGAAAAGGUCAUUAUCUAGCUGCAAUUUCUAUUCUGGCAAAUGGGUGUUUGAUAAUCAAUCUCGCCCUCUUUAUAAUGGGACGAAUUGUUCGUUCAUGGAUGAUGGAAUGGCUUGUCAAAAGUAUGGGAGGAAGAAUCUUCACUAUCUCUACUGGAAAUGGCAACCCAAUGAUUGUGAUCUUCCUAGAUUUAAUGCCACGGCGAUGUUGGAGAAGUUGAGGAACAAAAGGGUUGUAUAUGUAGGAGAUUCACUCAAUAGGAAUCAGUGGGUUUCAAUGGUCUGCAUAUUAGAGUCACAAAUCCCUAAUCAUCUCAAAUAUGUUCAUUAUAAUGGCUCUUUGGUCACCUUUAAAGCUAUUGGAUACAAUGCUACUAUUGAUUUCUACUGGGCACCAUUGUUAGUUGAAUCAAACUGUGACAAUCCAUCGUAUCAUCGUGUGGAAGAGCGCAUAGUGAGAGUCAAUAUAGAGAAGCAUGCCAGAAUUUGGAAAGAUGCUGAUGUGCUUGUCUUUAAUUCCUAUUUGUGGUGGAGAUUGAAUUUGAAGGUUCUGUGGGGAUCUUUUGAAAGUGCAGAUGCGAAGUAUGAACAUUUGGGAAUGCUGCGUACAUACGAGCUGGGGCUGCAGACAUGGGCAGAUUGGUUGGAUACUCAUGUUAAUCGCACCAAGACUAGAGUUUUCUUUGUUAGCUUGGCACCAACUCACAACAGGGCGGAAGAUUGGGGGAAGGCAAAUGGUCAGAAUUGCUACAAUGAAACAGAGCCAAUUUCUAAUGCAGAGUAUUGGGGAUCAGAAUCAGAUCCUGAAAUGAUGAGUUUAGUGGAAGUAGCCAUCAAGAAAUUGAAAGAGAAGAGUGGUCUCAAAGUAGAUUUGUUGAACAUUACUCAACUUUCUGAAUAUAGAAAGGAAGCCCAUUCAUCCAUUUAUAGAAAGCACUGGGAUCCUCUGACAAAAGAACAAUUGGCAAAUUCAAGUAGUUAUGCAGAUUGUAUACAUUGGUGCCUUCCUGGAGUUCCUGAUAUUUGGAAUCACUUUUUAUAUGUAUACCUUCUUUACUUGUGACCCAUACAGAACAAGACUAAUUGUUACAACAAUAGUAAAAAUGUAGAAUUAGUUUAUUCUUGAAAGGACCGAA